CAGUUAUCGUUUUUACAAAUAAUUUUGAUGAAAACGACCAAAAACCUGAGUUAAAAAAUCUGUUUCAAAGAGACAAAGGAACAAAGAUCUUUAGACUUGCUCGUACAAAAGGGAGGAAUGCUCAGAGAGAAGGGUUCAAACAACUGAACAAAGAUGGCGUCGCCUGCUGGAAGUUCCGCCGACAAGGGAAAGGAGGUGCGUGAACAAGAUGACACUUCGCUGGAUGUCAGGUGUAAGAUCUGUCAUCACAAGAAGAAGGAUGUUCAGGCUGUCAAUCUGUGUGUAAGAUGUGGCAAUCUGAAUAUUUGUCAGGAUUGCACAGAAGUUCACGGAAGGAACAAGGCAACACGAGAUCAUAUUUUGGUCAAUUUAAGGCCUGGUGAAACCAUGUGCAAACGUCACGACUCCCUGUUGAAUAGUUAUUGCAACGAAUGUGCGAUAGCUGUGUGCAUGGUGUGUGUCAAUCUAGAGCACGGAGACCACACAAUCGAAAACCUAGAGGACACUGUAGAAAAGAAAAGAAAUGCAUUGAAGGUCAUAUUAGAGGAAAAGCAGGCGAAAAUGAAUGCGGUUACAGACCUGAAGUACAAGCUGAUGGCAAUUCAAGAGAUAGCCUCCAAGAGAGACAAGCAGGAUACAUUGGUCAAGGAAAUAGAGGACCAUGCCGAAGUGUGUAUCAGCCAGAUCGUAAAGUGGAAAGAAGACUUGAAAACACAAGUGAAAACAUUCUACAAGACAAAUAGAGAAAUUCCAGUCACUUUGGAAAAGGUGUCCAAAACGAUUGGAAAGCUUCAGGUGCCAUUACAAAGAGCAAGUACACUUCUGUCCACAAACGAAUGUCACCAGGGACAAAUAGACAAGCUGGCUGCACAGCAGAAGGAACUAGAAGCUCUUUCAGAUGCGGGGGAUGACAUAGAUGGCCUGUUACGACAGAAUCGACCCCAUGAACUACCCCUUUAUAACUGCAGUUUCGUUCCGGAGCAAGUGACCUCAUGUUUGGGAAAGGUAGUAAGUUCUGAAGUCAACUUCCUAGAUACAGAAAAACAAGAUCAGACAGAAAUCUUCAAAUAUAUCUAUGAAGAUAGUUCCAACAACACAUUCAUUCCAUGUGUAGCUAAUCUCGGCCAGAAGUUCGCAGUUACCAAACCAACGAGAGGAGAGCCAGCAGUAGCCAUCGACAUAUUUGAAUUCCCGGGCACCCUAAAACGCACCUUCAAGGAUCACGUCCCUCCGCUGUAUGACAUGUCGUCCACUCCCGAUGGUAAACUUGCUGUACUUUCCAACGGUACAGGAGGCACUGGAUGCAGCGUCAAACUGUUUGAUCCAGACGCUGGUUACAUCAGCUCCACUCGUGAUAUCGACAUAACAGAACCACUUUCCCUUGGUGUGACCCUACAACACCAGUACGUCAUCCUUGAAGGGAACGAAGAGGGACAGAAAAUCCUUACUGUGGUUGAUAAGGAUGGAAAUUUGAAAUUGAAACAUGAAAUUGAGGGAGUCAAACGACCCAGGAGGGUAUCAUGCGGUGGAAGUAUCAUAUAUGUCGUAGGAGACAGCAUAGCAUAUUUUGAGAUAACAGGUGGGGAAAUACAUCAAAUAACACAGGCUGGUAAUCUCCCUGAGCACCAUUACAUAGAUAUCUCAGCAACAAUAUGGGAUGAUGUUUUUCUGAUUUACAGACUUGGGAAUGUCCUAAAAUUGGCUAAAUGGAAAGUGGACAAACAUGUUAAUGAGUUGUUUAGGGGUGCCUGGCUUUGCACGCACAAGACAGAAGCUGACAAGGAAGCAAGGAUCUCUGUGAGGGAUGGCCACAUUGUUUGGUCGCAUGGUCAAACAGUUCAAGUGUUUGCAUUCAAAUAUGAGUAGAACAACACUAAGGCCACAUUUUUUUAUUUGUUGGAUUACGAAUCCGCCUGGGGUCAUUUUCCGGAAAGUGGAAAAACAUAAAAGUCCCGACGACCGUUUUUGACAGACUUUUGAGAAAUGAACAAAUAUUAUUCCCGACGACCAAUUUCAACCAAUUUUUAUUUUUUGGGUUCACCUUGUAUGAUCUGAGACUAAAAUGGAUAAAAAAUAAGGGUGUUUUAAUCUUAUUUCCCCCAUCCCACAUAGAUUUUGAGUCUGAUGGAAUGUGUUUUUUUUCUCCUGCUCCAUAUAAGUUUUAAGAUUGAAGAAAUUUUUUUUUCAAUUUCUGGCCCACCCACAUUGGUUUUGGAUCUGAAAUAUCGUAAUCCAACUGAUUAAAAAAGUGUGGCCUAAGUCUUUAGACGGACUCAAAGUGACGCUCUUCGGUUUUAAGGAAAUAAUGAUAUUUAGAUAACACUGGAACCAACCAAUUUUUUUGACAUGCCAUCAAAGAAUUUAUAUUAGAAUUGGUGAACUAUACGUACAAAUGUGUUCCAGAAUUCUGAAGUUGGAUACUCAAAUUGGUUUGUACUUUACUGCAUACAUUCAUUUGAAUGGGUCCCUAAGUCAGUGGGCCUACAAUUACGAAUUUCCAACUUUUAUUCUAAAAAUUCUAGAUUUAUAGGCGAAAUGAUAAUUGACAUUAUGUUAUAUGCAUGUGAUUACCACCUCGCGCGGGAAAUUGUAAUUAAGAAGCGGGAAAAAAACGGGAUAACAGUUAAAAAACAAAAAAAUGAUGAUGAUGAUGAUGAUGAUGAACUGUAGAUUGAGUGUAAAUGCACUAUGCGUCAACGGAGCCUCAUUUUGAAUUCAGCGGUUUGAGUUCGGCAACCAUAACCGCUUGGGUUGGUGCAAAAUGUGGAAGCAGUCAAAAAAGUAUUUAAAACCACAUCAUUAUGAUCCAAAAUGUUGGCCAAAACUUCGCCUCCACCUCGGUUCGAGUCUACAUUUUAGCUCCACCCUCGCGAUUCUUGUGAGACAACCAAUACCGUCAGUUUCGGUAUCAAUUCCUCAAGCAAAGGGCAUAGGCCUAUAAAUAGAAGCGUACUCACUUUGAAU